AUGCAUGGUGUGUCUACACUGCCGGUAAAUGUUAGCGUCGCGACCCACGUGGCGACUCCUUUUCUAGUUGGCCAGCUUGACAUCACGAGCGGGGAGCUGGCGUCCCUCUUCACUUUGGCACGGAGCAGCAAUGUUCACACGCAGCCGCCCCCAUUGACAGCGAAGGAUAUCAAAAAGGCCAUGGAAAAGUCUCAUGCAUUCAAUCCUGCUCAUUUGAAUGUAUUCCUCGACGGCUAUAUGUCUGGCCAGGCUCCAGUGCCAGAAAAGGCUCUAUCGAAUAUCCGGCGCUUGUCGGUGUGCUCUAGCAGUGAGUGGAUUCACCAGUGCCAGUCGCUGGCACUGCGGCUGCUGCUCACCGAGCUGGAGGCACGCGAGGCCGGUGCCUCGGUGAGAUCAAGACCUGACGACCCGUCGCAGCUGGUGGCAUUGCGCCAAGUGGUUUCGAAGUUUCAAGGGAAGGCGCCCUGCAUCUCCGUUAGUAACUGUCAUUUCAGCUUUGUGGGCAACAUCGCCGAGGACGACGAGGCACAUAACGAGCGCAACUUUUAUGCAGAUGUUUCUGUGCGGAAUAAUGGUGUAUCGCCGUCUGUAGUAAAGAUCAGCAAUGUGCACACUGUGAUUGACGGCGAAGUGGUUGACGGCGACUAUCUCGCGUGCGGUAUCGUGGGGGAGCGUACAAUUCGUCGCGGCGAAGCUACCACGUUUCAUUUUUCCCUUCGUUCACCUCCCAGACGGCAAAGGAAUACGUUUGAGCAGCUGAUUGUGCUGAGUGUUGAUGUGUAUGCAAAGAUAUUUGUGACAUUCACGGUUGUGUCACCAAGACAACAACCUUUUGGUGUGGGCUUUCCCAGGUGCCUCUCUCUCACUGUGCGGGAUUCGCCCGUCGGCGCCUAUGCAAGCCCCAUGAUGCUGCAGCUGCUUAAGCAUCAGUUCAUCCGCCAGCAAGGACUGGCAAGCAAAGGUGUGGGUCAAUUGCUGGUAGGAAAGUCCGUGAAUCACUCUAUCCGUAAUCGUGAAGUCAUGCGGGAGGCCACACGAGUGAAGGAGAUUCUGGAGGAGGAAAUGGACUUUUCCGAGGUGCUUGGAACGUACCGAGCGGCUCUGCCCAAAGACACCUGUGGGAGCGUUGAGCUGCCAACCUCCUCUGCGCAACCUGCAGGCUACCUUCCUGGCGGUCUUCUGCCGACGGCGGUCGCUGCUGUCAGCAGCAUGUCGUGUUUCCCAAAUGCAGCGACGAGACUCCCAGGCGUUCUCACAAACGCCCAGCCUGAUGUGCUGAUGGGACUUAUACUUAUAUGGCUGGCAGAGUUUGAGGUGCCCGUUUUCGAUGCAUCACUUCUCAUAUACGAUCCGAUGACGUACUUGGAGGCAAUGCCUCCUUACCAUCGUGGUGUUAUUCUAUGGACCGUUGACUUAUGCGGUGGCCUUCUUCUUCACAAAGAGGACAAUGGAGUGUCACUGCGGCACCUCGCACUUACGUUUGCUGCGGUGUUGAUGCGCAAGAGGCCCCCUGUCUCUGGGGGCAAUGUAGACAGCGUCUUCAAGGACACACCAUCCAAAAUUACAACAAAGGAAGCACCGCAAGACGGUGGCACAUCAGUAGGCGCCGAUGUUGCAUUGCAGCAGAGCGCCGUGACCGCCUUCGUGUAUUGGAUCACGGUUUUCGGUGCUUGCUACAACAAGUGCCGUCCUGCGUGA